AUUCUGUAAGGGGUGUUCUGGUUGAAGGCUGAAGUGAAAAUAACGAAAUUAACGGCCAAGCUUUAAACGGUGCGUAUCGAGAAUAAGGAGGAAGUAAUUCGUGGCUUCAAUACGGUGCGUAUGGCAUUAAUAAAACGGUGCGUAGUGGGAAGGCAUCAAGUCGAGGCUGAGUACACGUAAAGCGACGUCGUGUUCUUCUCUUCUGCAGUUAGUAGUUAGUUGUUAUUCUGUUAAGAAUGGAAAUGGCAGUAUAAAACACUGCUUUACUUGAGAGAAUGUUAUCGGAAUUUUUGUAGUCAAUUCUGAAGGAACUUGUGGAGCUUAGGGAUUGCUCGAAAAUCUCUACUAAGGAAAUAUGAUGAAUUCUUGAUUGUUUGAUUGUGUGUUUCUUGCACAGUGUGGUUGUAAGGUGAAUUGCAUUAAUCUGCUGUGUUUCUGUAACCUGCAACAUAGAUCUUCUUCUGGUGAUUCUGCGAACAGGAAGCACGUAACAAUUGGUAUCAGCUUAGCAGUCGAUCCUGACGAAUGGCAGAAGGGACACGAGGAGCAUUGAAAGGUCAACAGCAUGAAGUGGUGCAACAACAAUUAGAGCAUCACCAGAUUGCCAUUUCUGGCCUGGCAGAAAGGUUAGAUCAAAUGUCUGAUGUGUUGAAAACUUUGGUUGAAACUGUGAAUGUAAUUUCUCGUAGAGAAAGGGAGGGACCUCGUGAUAGAGAUCAUGACAAUAGGAUUCAUGAUGAAAGGGCUGGGGUUCAAAGGAAUGUGAGAUUAGAUUUUCCACGUUUUAGUGGAACUGAACCUGAUGGUUGGGUCUUUAAGGCCAAUCAAUACUUUGACUGUUUUAUGGUUCCAUUCCAUCAGAAGCUAAUGGUUGCUUCACACCACAUGGAGGGGGAUGCUUUGGUGUGGUACCAAAAUGGCAUAGACUCGGGCCAAUUUAAUUCUUGGGAGACCUUGGUGGUAGCUUUACAAACCAGAUUUAGGCCAUCCUCCUUUGAUGACCCUAUGGAGGCUCUCACUAGGUUAAGACAAACUUCUUCUGUGAGUUUGUACACUUCUCAAUUCGAGGCUUUGACUAAUAGGUUGAGAGGCCUAUCUGAGAGGCACAAGAUGAGCUGUUUCAUCAGUGGUUUAAAAGAUGACAUUAGAAUCCCUGUUAAAAUGUUUAAUCCAUUAAACCUGGGGGCUGCAUUUGGUUUGGCAAAAUUACAGGAAGAAUAUGUCCUAUCUUCUAGGAAAUCUUGGCGUCCUGCUAAUCAUUAUGCUGAUAAGUGGCCAAGUAAUAACACUGGUUUUACUGACUCAGUUUCUAAGGACCACAAAAGCUUGUUGCCUUUCAAGAAGGUAAAUCCGUCUCAUAUUGAUGAAAAAAGGAAAAAGGGCUUGUGUUUCCAUUGUGAGGAAAAAUGGAAUCCAAACCAUGUGUGUAAGAAGCCGAAAGUUUAUUUCAUUCAGCUUGAUUCUGAUAUGGAAAACCAACUUGAUGUUGAGGAGUCUGAGGUUAUUCCUUCUGAGGAUCCAAUUUCUGAAGAGCUUGAUACUGUAGAAAUUUCUGUUAAUGCCAUCUCGGGUUGCCUUGGUGGUAAUGCUAUGAGAUUGCAUGGAUCUAUUGGUUCUUGUGUUGUUGAAAUUCUAGUGGAUUCAGGAAGCACACACAACUUCUUGGAUCCUGUUGUGGUUAAAGCAGCUAAGCUGAAGGUUCAGCAAGAUUCCUGUUUGCAAGUUUGUGUGGCUAAUGGUGAAAAAAUCAUAACUCAAGGUAGUGGACAGGAAGUUUUUAAGAUUCAGGGUUCUAAGUUUCCUGUUCCCUUUCAUGUUCUUUCCUUAGGGGGGUGCGAUGUAGUACUUGGGGUCCAAUGGUUAAAGACUUUGGGCUCGAUUACUUGGAAUUUUUUAGAGAUGUCAAUGAGUUUCAAGUGGGAUGGUCAGGCCAUUAAACUGCAAGGUUUGAAUUCUGCUAGUGUUCAGAUGAUGGUUGGUGCCAAAGGCUUCAAGUCUGCUUUUGUUAAUAAGCAGGCUUGGUUGUUGCAAUUGAUGCUUAUUGACCACGAGCCUACUCAGCUGUGUGUUGAAGGACCAGUGUCUGCAUUGCUUGAGGAGUUUGCUGAUGUUUUUGAGGAACCUGUUGGACUGCCACCAAGAAGAGAAUUUGACCAUCCAAUUAUCUUGAAGGAAGGGGCUUCACCUGUUUCUGUUAGACCUAACAGGUAUCCUCAUUACCAGAAGUCUGAAAUAGAACAGAUAGUUCAUGAAUUGCUGCAGUCUGGUGUGGUGAGACCUAGCCAGAGUCCAUUUUCUUCUCCAGUAUUGUUGGUUAAGAAAGCUGAUGGUACUUGGCGUAUGUGUGUUGAUUAUAGAGCUCUUAAUCAGGAAACUAUCAAAGACAAGUUUCCAAUUCCUGUUAUAGAUGAAUUGUUGGAUGAAUUGUUUGGGGCACAGAUAUUUUCAAAACUGGAUUUGAGAGCUGGAUAUCAUCAGAUUCGAGUAAGGGAUGGGGAUAUUGAAAAGACAGCCUUUAGAACCCAUGAAGGCCAUUACGAAUUCCUGGUCAUGCCAUUUGGCCUUACCAAUGCACCUGCUGUAAUAGCCCGCUAG